GGAGGGAGGGACGCUCGUAGACAAUCUGACAUGCUAGCUUCGGCAGAGUAUCUGUUAGGCAAUUACAGAAGCGACGUAUCGAGAGAGGGUGGCCACCGAAACUAAUCAAAAAGGGCCGUCCAGCACCUGGACCAUCAAUCGGGUUUAUGAGUAAAGGCGAUCGAUCAGCCUGCGGUUAACCUUCGGUGAAACGCGGAAGUGUAAUUCAACGUCAACGGUUUUUUUGUGUGACUUAUUAUCGGUGACAACAUGGCUGAAUGUAACGUUAGCAUCGACAAGAAUAAACUACCUGGAGUGAAAGAGGUGUGCCGAGACUUUGCUGUGCUGGAGGACCACUGCCUGGCUUACAACCUCCAGGAGCAAGAAAUUGAGAGCCACUUGGCGUCCAACGUCAACAAGAGUCGUCUGGUGCAGAAUGACCUGCAGGUGGCCAAGAAGCUGCAGGAGGAGGAGGAUCUGAGAGCCAAGGGCCAGAACCAGAAAAAGCACGUUGACAUUGAGCGUCAAGACAAUGAGAUCGCCCAGGAGAUUCAGGAAGAACUGGUCCGACAGGCAGAGCUGCAGCUAAAGCAAGAAGAGAAGGAUGCGGCCAUAGCUCGUAAGAUGCAGGAGAAGGAGAUGAAAGAGGAAAGGAGGAGACAGAAGCAGCUGGAAUCAAACCUUGAGGAGGAGUACUUUGAGGAUCACGGAGCUGCAAGACGACCACUUGACUUGGACAAACACACCAAUCACAAAUCAUCUUCCCCAGGCCGAAAUGACGCAUAUGCUCCAGUGAGCUCACAUCGUGAUUACUCCCCAGAUUAUAGCUCAAUAGAGACCAAAAGAAGCAGGUACCCAAGGCAGGACCCAGCGGCACCCCACAGCCGCUCCCGACACCCUGAGCACUACCUAGUGGCAGAAGGAGGGCGGAGCAGGCAUGCAGAUACGUACCCAGAGCACCUGCUGCACUCUAAAGGUCGCAUUGUGCACCGAGGGAGUGGAGCAGUAAUAGCAGAAACCGAGUAUGGAGUGUCCGAGGCCACCAAGGGGUUGGUGAAGCUGGAUAUCCGUGAUCAGGAGCUGAAGGACAUGGAGGUGGCCAGGAAAAUGCAAGAGGAUGAAAUCAAGUCCAGCAAGAUGCAUGUGCGUGCAGCCCAAAUGGCGCAGGAUGAGGAAAUCGCCCGACUGAUGAUGGAACGGGAGAAGAAGGAGUACAGGAAGAAUCGAGACCGGGAGAACGAGAGAGACCGGGAGAAAGAGAAGGAGAGGUUGGCCCAGGAGAAGAUGGCAGUGGAAAGGAGGCGCCCAGAGGGAGACUACAGGCCAAGCAUGGAGGAAGUAGUCCGGCCCAGAACACGAGAUGAGCACGAACACCAGAGGCAGAGGAACCAGAACAAGCCUGCCAGGCCUCCUCCUCAGCCUCGUUCACAUAACUAUGAGAAUGUGAACUCUGGCUACGGCUACUCGGACCACCCUGCUCCCCCUCGUGCUCCCACCAAUCCUGAGGCUGCUUACAAAGGUGCCUAUUACAAGCGGUGACUCAGGCUCUGCACCGUGUCCAGACAUGCUGUCAGUACUCCUUCGUCCUCCUUUUCUUUUUGUUUUAAACCGAUCGCUCUCUGUUGACCAAAAGCCUUGGGACAAUGUAAUGAGUCGGCAAUGGGAUCUCUUUCUUUUUUUUUUUUUAAAUACCCUCCUAAGUUUCAGAAAGUGGGUCUGUGAGUGCUGGAACCACACUCAUGUUUUCCUUUUUUUAUUUGUAAAUUGUGAUUUAAUAUUAUUAUUUCUUUUAACUGACUCAACAUCAAGACAAGCCAAACGCCUUGUGACAUAAACUCCCCCUGAUUCUUAGCCGUCGGAAAAAAAAAUCCUCCUCACCUCCUGUGUUCAUCGUGUGCUGAUGUUCGUCCCCUCUGUGGACCGUGCCAUCACAAGGGCUCGAUGCCUCUGCUGGAUAUAACCAUGCAAUCUCAAAAUUCCUCCCAUGGGACGUGCCUGCCUGGUCCAUCAUGGCUGCUAGUGUCUUAGAUACCAACAUGGCAGCUGCUUUGUACCCCCAUGCUGCAGUUCUGUUCUCUUGUCAUGCUGUGCAACGAGGCCACACAGGCCCUCUUCCAUGUGCCACACAGCGUACGACUCUGGAGGAAUACGCUUCUGUUGCUGUAUUCAAACUACUCAACAACAACAAAAAAAGCCUUUAUCAAGAUGCUGGUAGUUUUGACUUUGACAUGUUUUACCACCUUGUUAUAGUUGCAGAGGAAUUGGAGCUUUGUGAUUUAAUUGGUGGUAGGCUGUGACUUUCUAAUCCCCCCCCCAUCACCCUUAAAACUGUGGAUGGAUGACAUUCUGUGUACGACUCACUGUUUCUAUGUGCAUGCUUACUGAAAGUGUACAACUGUGUACAUGCAUUUCAGCUCUAUAUCAAAUGAUCUGGCUCCUUCUUUAUUGUCAGGAAAAGCUAAAGCCACAAAAAAGCCAAUAAUCUCUCUCUCUCUUUGUGAAUGAACAAAAUAUCUUAGCUAAUAUACUGCUGUACAAUAUAUCACUUUCCUGCCAUUAUUUCAUAUCUGCUGAUUUACAAACUAAAACUGGCCUAUAAAAGAACCAGUUCCCAAAUGAAAUGCAUGUACAUUGCUUGUCUGUGUCAAACCUGAAUUCCUGCUUGUGCUUACGCCACAGACGUUGUGCGAUUGAACAUUUGCUUGUUUUAUUUAAAUGUAAAUAUCUUUCUUUUCUUUUUUUUUUUACUUGUUCUACCAAAUUAUGUUCCCCAUAAGUGGAAAAUAUAAGAUUAUCUCUUCAGUCCCUUUUAUCUUGUGUCCUACUAGUGAUGUUGGUUCAGAAAGGGAGCCUUUUUAUUUUAUUUUUAUACAAUAUUUUGUUAGUCUUUCCUCAGAUUGUUUCUUUAAUUUCCAUUCCCUAAAGCUUUCCCGCCGUCACUUCCAAUCCUCUUUCUUUGUCUGAAGCUCAAAGGCAGACAUAAUUUCCUGCCUGCAGAAAAGACAAACAUUCCCACAAUAGAAGUGCAUCUGGAUGGAAGGAAAUCGGUCAGCGGAUCAGCUAAAUUAUAUAUUACGGCUCAAAGGGACCUAUUUUAUUAUUUUUACUACUCCGGGAUCCAUUAUUUUCUGUUCAUAUUGAAUAAUAAGGAUAAGGAAAAUGAAGAGCACAUUCAGGCUUUUGAGUUUCCUGAAAUGUUUGUGAUGGCCACAAAGUGAUUCAGCCUUUGAGCAUUUAGUGCUGCCUCCAGGUUCUCAUGUUGUAUUAAAAUGUUUGUGAAAUUAUAAAUCGGCAUUUCAUAACGAUUCCCUCCCUGUUCAGUAGAAGUGUGAGAUGUUUGUAUUGCCGAGGACAAACGUGCGUAUGUGCUAGCUGCUGUUGACAGAAGGAGAUUUGUGCCAUAUGUUUGUAAUUCUUUUCAGGGAUGGAUGGGGGGGGGCUUAAAGUUGUUGUGGUUGUAGCAAAGCUGCCACACCCACCAAAGUGGGACUCCUUAUUUAUUAUAUGGUGAUAGCACCACCGUGUGGGCAUGUUGACAAUUGAAACAUAAAAAAGUACAAAAUUGA